CAAUGAACGGCAUAACAGCAUAAAUUGAAAGUGAAACAAUGCAAGGCCUAGUUUCGAUUUCUCAUAAAGUGAGCUGGUUAUUUUCUGUAAGCUGGUUGCAGUCAGUGCUUCUUCUAACAAGUACAACUAGGAUCUGAGGUAUAUUUCUGUACUAAAACACAGUAGUUUUAGGAAAUAACCCACUGCAGCUGUGUCCUGAAUUUGUUUACAAGAGAGAAAGGACUGCAGAGCUGCUCAGUGGUUUUCAAGAUCUAGCAUUAAAAUAUGGAAAACUCAAGGCAACUUCAAGAACAGUAUGAAAUGUGGUUGAAAAAAUGUGACGUAGAAGAAAAACGCAAAACACAAUUACUACUGAAGAAACUGGAUGCACAGGAAGCCAAAAAAGAAGCAGAGACUCGUGUCACGGAUCUGAUGAAGAAGGGGGAAGAGGUUUCAGAAGAAAAAAUAGAAAAGGAAAAACUUGAAGAGAGAGAAGUUAAUGACUUACAUCAAAUAAAAGCCAAACUGGUGGAAAACAACCAGAAACUGGAAGAAAAACUUAAAGCAAUCACAGAAGCUUAUAAAAGAAUUAAGGAAGAAGUUCUGAUUGAAAACAAUUUGCCAAAAAAUAACAUCAAUUUUAAAGAAACAGAAGCCCUGAAGGAUACAAACUCACCAAAAGACAAAGAUCUGGAUAUUUCCUGCAUCUGUUUUGUUGUUUUAAAUUAUCCAUUUGUGCUCAAGAAAGGACAGGCCCUCCUAACAUUUGAAGAAGAACAUGUGGCUCAAAGUAUUAUUAAGAAGAAAAAUCAUGAAAUCAGUUUCAGUGAGAGUUCUUCAAAAGUUACAGCACUUCCAGUACAUUUGUGCAAGACAGUGAAAUUUGAGGUUAACCUGAACAUUUCGUCUAAGAAAAUGCUUGUUGAAAAUGUGCCUUUUGAAAUUCCAGACGAGUACAUUAGGGACAAGCUGGAAGUGACCUUCUACAAAUCUGAUAUAGGGGGAGGAGAAAUAGAGAAUGUGGAAUAUGAUAGAUGUAAUAAUAGGGCUACCAUUACAUAUCUGGAGAAUGGAGUUGUACAAAAUGUCAUCAAAAGGAAAGAGCAUCAGUUCAAUGUCAAUAAUUGUAAUUAUACCGUUACAGUACAGCCCCACAUAAGUUAUAGUCUAAACAAACUUCUGGUAUUUUCGGGUAUUUCCACUAGAACUGUGCUGCUUGAUAACAUCAACCACUAUGAGGAUUCUGAAGAAGAUAUUCAAGAUUCUAUUGAGAUUCACUUUCAAAAGCCAAGUAACGGCGGUGGGGAAGUGGAGCACACAGCUUACAAUCAACAACCAAAUAGAGUGGCUUACUUUGAGGAUGACAUGAAUACAAAAUGACAUUUGCCUUAGCAGCAUUUAACCAUUUGUCUGACAAAAAUGUUAAGCAAAUACUCUGUCAAGUUUAUUUAAAACCACCCAGUGACAAACCUGUAUUUCUGUAUGAAAAGCUACCUACUUUGUUGUGUUCUAUAUUAUUCAUCUUAUUCUUUAUUUUUCCAUAUACAUUUCCUAAAUGAUUUGUGAAUAGUAUUCAUAUUUACUAUGUAUAUAAAAAAUAUUGACAACAUUUCUGCAUCUAAGCUAACAUGGGCACAUCCUGUAGAAGAUCGACAUGCAUAUAACUAAUAAACAUCAGAUGGUUAAUAACUUUAUUUUCCCCUGUAGUUAUGCACUUAAUGUAAACACUAAUUAUGUUGGGACUUAAUAGAUAGUUAAACAGUCUUUUCUUACUUUUGUGUUAUAUAAAAACAUAGAUAAAAGCUUAAUUACUAUUAAAAUCUGUCAGAGGGUGCAGCAUUGCUUCACUACAUGCACUUUGUUUUUUCAGUUGAGUAAUUUGUUUUAUAUAAAUAAAAUUCAAAACCAUAUAUGAAAUCAUUAAUUGCACAUUUUGGUUAAGUGAAGAAACUGCUUUCAAAUAGAUUACGAAAUCAUCAUCAAUAUUGCAUCUAUCAAUUAGACCCCUUGGUUUCUCUACAAAACAGCCAAACUUGUAUUAAUGGUCAGCUGCUACCACCCCCUAAACACACAUGAGCCGUGGUAAACAAACAAAAAAAAUGGGCAAGGGUGAAAUGCAAGUAAAAUAAUAUAGUAUUCAUGGGAAAUGUUAAUUGAUUGUGUAUAUUAUUUAAUGUGGGUUUUGGUAUGGAAAGAGUAAUUGAUUUAUAUUGCAUGCUAACCAAUUGAAUACGUUCUUUUUAAACCACACCAAACAGUGGUGCAUCAUGGUAGAUAUAGCCAAAAUGUAAUAGAUUGUCUUUCUAUCAUGUUUUGUCAUGAUUAAAUAAACUUUUAUGAGUUAAUGCUAAAA